AAAAACUUAACAAACACUGAUACCGAGUACAAAUUAUUUAGAGUUUAGACGUUGCACAAAUCUAUAACGACUGAAACGUUCUGUGAAAUAUUUUAUCGUCGAAACUUCCUACAACACGACGUUGUCUCAUUACUGUACACAUGCUUAAUAUUGUGUACAAUGUGCACACGGUUUUUUAUUGUAAUUUUUUCUCCGGAAUAAUCAUGUGAAAAACGAUUAGGCACAUUUAGUCCCGCGAUACGGACUGGCGGCACCGUCGUCCGGCUCGAACCGAAAACCGAUACGACGAUUGUGCAGUGUUCCUAGAAAAUUUGAUGAUGAUGAUGAUGGUUACUGAAUAAUAUUUUAUCGUGAUGAUAACACGUAAUGAAAAAAGCAAUGAUAUAUGUAUUUAUAUCGUUUUGUGACAUCCUUACGUCGAACCACGUAGUAUUAUAAUUUUAAUAUUUUUCUAGUCACUAGUCACGUAGAAAAAAAAAAUUCCGAAACCGUUCCAAACGAUGUUGAUUUUCCGUUUACUGUGAUGUCAAAUGGAUGUCAUGUUCCUUAUUGUCAUAAUUGUGUUGCUGGUGAUUGCAGCAAUACUGUUUGCGGUGUCCAAAAAGUAUGUGGUGGAAAAAUUGAAACAAGAAACCAACACCGACUUUCAGAAACUCCAGAAACGUUACUUGACUGUGUACUGCUUGGCAUGUUUUGCUGAUUGGCUGCAAGGACCGUAUGUCUAUAAAUUGUACAAACAGUACGGUUAUAAUGAAGGAGAGAUCGCUGUCCUUUUCAUUACCGGCACAAUAUCCAACAGUCUAUUUGGUACCAUUACAGGAGCACUGGCUGACAUUUAUGGCCGUAAAAUGUUAUGUAUUUCUUAUGGUAUAUUAUAUUCAGGGUGUUGUAUGACAAAAAUGUUUGGGAACUUUCAAUUAUUGCUUGUUGGACGCAUGUUAGGAGGUAUAAGCACGUCUAUUUUGUAUUCGGCAUUUGACUCGUGGUACAUCAAUGAGCAUAUUAACUAUUAUAAAUUGCCAGAAGAGUGGUUGAAUAGUACAUUUGCCAAAGCAACUUUUUUUAACGCUACACUUGCCAUACUAGCUGGAUUGUUGUCUUACUUCUUAGUGAGCGUGUUAGAAUAUGGACCUGUUGCUCCUUUUAUAAUGGCCAUUCCAUUUCUCAUAACUUCUACCAUUUAUGUUAUCUCUGUGAUAAAUGAGCACUAUAUUCGCAACACAAAGUCGGCUUCUGCGUCAGUGAAAAAAGCUGUUAUUCUGUGGAUGACAAAUAAAAAUAUCUUCACCCUUAGUGUGGUUCAGUCCUUGUAUGAAGGUGUCAUGUACUUGUUCAUAUAUAUUUGGACCCCUACAUUUGACGUGUUAAAAGAUUCAAAACCACCGUUGGGGCUAGUAUUUUCAAGUUUUAUGUUAGCUCUGAUGAUAGGUUCAAAAAUAUAUUCAAUAUUAUUGGGAAAUAGUUCUUUAGAUUCAAAAAAACAACUGCAGCUUGCUACAUUUAUAGCAAGCUUAUCAUUUUUAAUUUGUGCCUUGACAAUAUCAAACAUAUUUAUUGAUUACAAUGGCCAACGAAAAUACUAUAAAGUAAUGACUUGUUACUUUUUUUUCUUAUUGUUUGAAAUUUCUAUUGGUAUGUACUUGCCAUCUAUGACAUACUUAAAGAGUCAAGUAAUACCAGAAAAGAUAAGAGUUACCAUAUCAAAUGUCAUUAAAAUACCUAGUAAUCUUUUCAUCUGCUUGGCUCUUUUAUGGAUAUAUUUUAAGGAACCAAAAGAGAAAAAUAUAGUACAAAUCGAAGAGAAUCAAGAACCUGAUGUAGAUUUUAUUUUUACAAUUUUUGUUGUAUGUUUUAUUGCUACAUUUGUUACAUUUAUAUUUUCUAAAAUAUUUUCCAAGUUCCAUACUGAAACGUACAAAGACAUAAUUAAACGUCAUGAAAUUGAAAUAUAAAUAUGUUAAUAAGAAUAUAAUAUAAUAUAUAUUCAUCUAAUAUAUAAUACUAUGUAUACCUAAUUAGGUACUGAUUACUAAUUUUACAGUGCAUGAAUUUAAUAUUAUGUACCUACUUAAUUUAUGUUAAGUGCUUAUUAUUUUUGAAUUUUUCUUUUAUGUUAACACCAAAUUUAAGUAUCAUAUAAUGAUCCAUAGCUGAUUUAUAAACAUGUUUAUUUGUCAGAAAAUUUUCUAAUUCUAAGCUGGGACUGCUAAUAACAAAACAUAAAUGUCAUAACUUAUGUGUUAGUAGGUAUCUGUUAAUAGUAAAUAUGAAAUUGAUUACCAAUGUAUAUGUUCUAAUCUGUGUAUUAAUUAUUGACUAGUUAGAAAUUUAAUUAAAUAACCUAAAAUAGAAAAACCAAUUCUCUAUAGAUUUAUGUUUGUGAAUUUUUCAGCUCAAUAAAUUUGUUAUAAUAAUUUUAAUAAUUUGUUGCAAAUAUAUUAUAUAAUAUUACUAUUAAAACAUUUAGAAAUAUUAUGUAAUAGACACUUCUUAUUAUUAUCAACUUUGUUACAACUUAUAUUAUAAUGUUAAAAUAUUUGUUUUUGGUUCCAAUACAUCUUCAAUUGUUUAAGCCUGGUCCACACUAUGUUUCUCAUGAUAGCUACGCUCACGCUUUCACAAUAAUUUAAUAGUAACUACCAUUGGAGGAUCUGGCUUUAUUGUUAUUCAUUAAUUUAAUAUUGUAUUAUGCCACUGUGACUUAAAAUUGUUGAAACAAUACAAUUGUAAAAAUGUUUUUUUUUUAUUUACUAUUUCUUAUACUACAACGAGUACACAUAUACUUGACAUAUAUUUAUACAAAAUACAUAUUUAAAAAAAUAUUUGCCAAAA